UUCUUGAUGUGAUUGUGUCAUCUUUGUAACGUCAACCGGAAAUACAGUGCUGUGGCUUAGUGUAGUUGUUGCUCAUUCGUCUUUUUUCUUCUAUUUUAUUGAAAUCAUAAGAGUUGUACUUAGGCGACCUUUGGGCGAUUACGUUUGCUAUUUUGAUCCUGCUGAUGACGACAAACAUCACGGCUGUUGUCUCGAAGCGUUUUUUUUGUAUUCUCCUUUACCAGGGCUAGCAUCACACGGCUAUCAGCGGUAGUCUUACGUAAUAUGGCGAUAAGCUGGUGAAGUCGCCGGCUUAGUUUAGCAGUGUUUCUUCUUUUAAACGUAAACACUAAGUUUAAAUCUCCGAAGUUUCGUUUGUCGGACUUUUGCGCGACAUGGCCAUCAAGAGGAUCUACAUUAGCAUAGCUUAUGCUAGCUUUGGCAGCCUGGUUGGGCUUUCUGCUUUCCUGCUGUGGAAUAUUGUUUAUCGUCAGCCUUGGACGGCAGCGAUGGGAGGCCUCUCAGGCGUGUUGGCGCUGUGGGCGCUGGUCACCCACCUCAUGUACCUUCAGGACUACUGGCGGACGUGGCUCAAAGGCCUCAAGCUCUUCAUGGGCGUGGGCGGGCUCUUUGGCGUGCUCGCCAUCACCGCCUUCAUUACCUUCCUGACGCUGGCCAUCGUGCAGAAGCAAUCCGUGAGCGACCCGAGGAGUCUGUACCUGUCGUGCGUGUGGAGCUUCAUGGCCCUCAAGUGGUCCUGCCUCUUGGUCUUGUACUCGCACCGGUACCGGCAGGAGUUCGCCGACAUCAGCAUCCUCAGCGACUUCUAGCCACGCCCCGCAGACUUUGACGAAACCCAGGGUGUUUUGGGAACCAAGGGAGGACGCGUCCACACGAAGUAGUCGUCCGACUUUGACUGCCGGGAGGUGCUCUCGCUUCACUCGUACUUUCACGCACUUCAGCCCCUUUCACACAGCCUGUAAAGGCUGUCUUUUUUUUUCUUCCCCCCUGUGUCGCUGUUCUGUGUGAACGGCACCAACACAGAAUGACAAAAACAAAGACAACCUGGCAAUUUUCCAUAGUAGGAGGUAGUGUCAGAGCUGUAACAGAGGUGGGACGACACCUGUGUGAAAGGGUAUUUCGCAAUGCUGACAGGGUACUCACAAAACACGUCACACGGGACGCCGGCGCUGGCGUCUUCUAAUUAUCUGCUGGGUGCUUUCGCUGGGUUCUGCGUGAAAGGCAAAGGCGGACAAGUGCCGGAUCUCGUGUUACAGCGCCGAUGCACCAACUUUGCGGGAUUUCUGUGUGAAAAAGGCUUGUUAAGAGUUUUGAUGUCUCAACCUCACAAGUUAAACUUCAUUCUGUUUUUUCUGUUGUCCCCAUUUUAACUUGCUUUUCGAUGGCUUUCAAAAGAAAAAGGCUAAAAACCAGUGUCGUUUCGACCGUUAGUUUUUACGACAAUAGCGUUUUUGGAGCCUGAAAGCACAAACAUGGGCAUUUUUUUGGAAAACGACACAGUUUCAUUUCCGCCUGAUCACUGAAAACCGAAAACUGGGACAUUAAAUGUUCAUUGAACGAAUUUGCGAGUAGGUUACGUCUUAAAACACGACAGAAUUUUUCGAAAAGUUCAGCUAGCGUCAGUUCUGGGGUCGUUUUGUUUUCUCAUACAAACAGUCACCUUUUUACAGCGUUUUUUGAGCCUGAAAACGCAAAAAUCGGAAAACAGGUCUAAAAGUGGAUUUUGAGAAUAACGUCAUUAUCGAUGGCGACGGAAUUUAUUUCAGAAAGCAUCGAUUCUGCUCUCCCGCACUUAAGUUUACGCAACGCUGACACAAAAAGUGUCAUUUUGUUACGGCACUUUUCGAGCCUGAAAACACAAGCAUCUGAAAACAGGUCUCAAAAGUGGAUUUUGAAAAUAACGUAGUUAUCAAAGCAUUGAGUGUAGCAUAUGCGAGUAAGUUACGACUUAACGAUGACGACAGCCCACACUUCUUUUUUGGGAUCGUUUACGCAGCGCUGUUUUCUGACACGAACAGCGUUGAUUUUGUUACAGGAUUUUUCAGGCCUGAAAACACAAAUAUCUGAAAACAGGUCUCAAAAGUGGAUUUUGAAAAUUAACAUGAUCAAUUUCCACCUCAACGUUCCAAGUAGGCAUAUGCGAGUAAAUGACUCUCCUGCACUUCUCUUUUGGGAUUGUUAUGGAAUUUUUCGAGCCUGAAAACAGGUCUCAGAAAUCAAUUUUGAAAAUAACCUUAUGAAUUACGACCUAACGAUGAUGACAGAAUUUAUUUCGGAACGCAUCCAGUCUCAAAAGUGGAUGAUUUUGACAAUAACAUGGUUAUGAAUUGCCCGUUCAGUGUAACCGACGACAGCAGAAAUUAUUUCAGAAAGUAUCAAUUCUUCUUCUUUGGGGUCUUUUACACAACACUGCUCUGAAAAACAGGUACAAACUGUGUCGUUUUGCACAUUUGUUGCGGCGUUUUUGGAGCUCGAAAACACACACUUCGGAAAACGAGUCUCAAAAAGUCGUCAUUAAAAACACAGGGCUUGCCUGUUGUCGUCCAGUGUAGGCAUUCCUGAGUACAGGACGACAAACUUGGAUGUUUGGAAAAAUCAUUUCUGUCUAAUUGCUUAAUGGUCGUCUGUUUUCCGAAAUACAAAAGGGUGAUUUGUCUAUGGACAACAGAAAACAAAGAGCGCACACUUGCGUAUAAUCGCUGAACUACGAUAACUGAAACAACGAUGAAAGAAUUUUUGGAACGCGCUGCUAGCGAGAAUUGUACUAUGCUGUACGACAUUGUUGUCAACUAGAAAAAAAACCCCUAUGUUGUAUUUUUACACGUUUUUGGUGCCUGAACAACGCUAAUCUUUGAAAACCAGUUUCAAAAGUAAAAGGACGACAGGAAAAUCAUCAUAUACGCAAACACUUGAAAACAAACUGCAACGUCGACAGCUUUCCAGAUGUUCAAAAAGUGCUGUUAGCAUGAAUUUCACUCUGCUGAACAACACUGCUGGCAACCAAAACGUGUCGACAGACGUGUUUGUUUACACGAUGGCAUUUUUGGACUGUAAACAUAGCUUCAGUUGAAAUAUGUCUUUUUUUUUAAUGACGACACAGACGAGAAAUGAUCCUUACAAAGUGACAUCGCCAACUACUGGCCUGGCAUGCGUAUUACGUGGUUUUUGCACGUCUGUGGUAUAGGCCGCGGUCACUCAUGUAACCGUAGCAUAAAAAUUAGCAGCUAACAGUUUUCUUGCGUCUCAAUUUUUAGACCCUACGAAAGCGACAUUUGUCAGUGUAUCACGUAAGAGCAGCGUGGCCUGUUUUUAGGUUUUUAAGAACCCUGUUGUUUUUUAAGCAUAUCCAGUUAUUCAAAUGUUUGUUUUUUUCCUCCUGUAGAAAAUGUUUAAGUGUCCAUAGGCAGUCCUUAUAUGGUGAAGUAUUCUUUGUCCAUUUGCACAGCCCGCGUGUGUGUUCCAUGUGAUGAGAGCGCAUGACCAGCAGGGGGAGCCCUGCCCUCACAUUCCUCUUGGAAAGUGACUUUUCAUGAAUGCACUUUGAUGUCGACGCCAUAGUUUGCACACCACGUAUAUGAUGAAGAGUUUUAAAAUGUGGUUUAUCUGCUAUUUAUAUUACUGCAUUGGCAGAUGAGAGCUUCUUAGCUAAUAUUUUAAAUGAGAAUGGAUGUUAAGGAUGCCCCCUAGUGUACAGUCAAAACACACUAAGGUGCAUUACUUCCUAAUUCCAUGUACAGUAUGUGUUGUCUCUCACACUAUUAAUAAAGUGAUUCAGCGCCCCUACAA